CACAUUGGUCACACUGCAUUGCACGUGUGUUUUCAUUUGUUGAUGCAGCUUUAUUAUUUAUUUAAUUUAUAAAAAUAAAAACUGUCUCUAGCCUAUAAAUGAGUGAACAGCAGGAUGAGAAUGUAGUCUGCCUGCCCGGGGAGCGACUCUGCAGAUCCGAGGAUAGCAUAGUUCUGGGCAUAGGCACCUACGAGCAGAAUGGCUACGUUUACGCCUCGAAGUCUGGAAUUGUCAACAUCGAAGAUUCGGGUGAUAACUGCCAGGUGGUUAGUGUGCAUAAGCCCGGCUUCCAUCUAACCAUACCAGCCACCGGAGACGUGGUCACAGCCAGAGUUCUCGUCACAACUCCAAAAUUCGCAAAGUGUGCCAUUUUCUGUGUACGAAAUGUGCUGCUGGAAAGCAGCUACCGUGGACUCCUGCGCAAGGAGGAUGUCCGGGAGACCGAAAAAGAUCGCGUCGAUAUCUACAAGUCCUUCCGACCGGGCGAUGUCAUCCUGGCGAGGGUCAUCAACCAACUGGAGCAGACCUUCCUCCUCACCACCGCCGAAAAUGAACUAGGCGUGGUCAUCGCCUAUGCCAGUGAUUACCGAAAGACCCGCGUGCCCAUGGUUCCGGUCGGCUGGAGCGAGAUGCAGUGCCCCCAGACCACGAUCAAGGAGCCACGGAAAGUGGCCAAAGUUCUGCCUGAGAGUUCAAUAAAUGCUGUGAAAUAAGGUCAAUCGCAUGGUAAUCAGACGCCUAAAUUCAUUUGCGGAACUAAAAUGUUUUAGUAAAUGAUUAUUAGCCAAUUAAUUGUAUGUCUUGGCAACCAGACGACGCUGAAAAUGGAUACAAGUUUAUGUUAGCAUUUUAUCCCCAUAGCAACGUUGACAUUUUACAUUAUUUCAAAUCAUUAAAUAAAUCUACACUUAAGUUGAAAAGAAA